AUGGACGUCAUUCUACAGUUCCCCCAUCUUACACCUGCUCAGCAGCAAGCUAUCUUAAAUGGCCCUGCUCUCAUUCCCCCUGAUGGUGUAGAGCCAAACCUCGAAAAUCCAAGCAACAACAAUGCACUGGCCAUUGCUGUGUCCGUGGUCGGCUUGACACUGGUCGUCAUAUCCGGCAUCGGCCGCAUUUACUCGCGCGUGUUCGUCGUGAAGAAGCUUAAAGUUGAAGACUACCUUGGCCUUGCCGCAUUUGGUGGCUACGCUGGUGUAGCAUGGGCUUUCUACUCUCAGCUCGUGUACGGCGGUUUCUUCGUUCAUCAAUGGGAUGUUCGAUUCGGCGACUUUCAGAACGCUCUCUACUCCGCUGUGCUUCUCACCAUUGUCUAUGCCAUCACCAUGAUUUUUGCGAAGGCGGCGAUCCUCCUAGAAUGGGUUCACAUAUUCGUGCCCAACAGGGAGCACCGACUGUUCUUUUGGGGCGCUCACAUCCUGAUCGUACUAAAUGUUCUCCUCUACGGCUCGGGAAUCAUUGCUGAAGCAUUGGCCUGCAUUCCGCUUGCCACCAUCUGGAAACCGUGGUUAAUGGGAAAAUGCAUCGAUAAACGAAAGCUGGACAUCACUACAGCAUACUUUAACCUCGCUGUGGAUGUCUUCAUUCUCGUUCUGCCGCAAACAGUCAUCUGGAAACUACACAUGCCUAGAGAGAAGAAAAUAGGCGUUUCUGUCAUCUUCUCUAUCGGUCUCCUAGUUGUCGCCACCGCCACUGGUCGAGUAUACGCAAACACUAUGCUUCGCUACGUUAAUGAGGGAGAUACGAACUACGGAUUCACCCCGCUGUACUUGUGGGCCUUUUCUGAGGUUUCCUGCGUCUUGUUGGUCUUUAAUGCGCCAGCCUUACCCAAGGCCAUCAACAACAGCUGGAUUGGGACUCGACUCAUCCCGAGAAUUGACUCUUGGAUUAAGGUAUCCAGCUGGAAACAGUCCGGUGGAAACACUCAAAGCCCCAAGCCAUGGCCCCAUGGUGGUAAAGCGGCCAAUGACAACCCAUAUCGUGAAAUGGACGACCAGAGUCAAGAGAUAGAACUUUCCAAAAACGGCGCAGCGCUAGACUCUCAGUACGCUCUCGAUGACGGGACUAUCUUGCGACACACAGAGUUUCAAACUCGCGAGGACACCAUCUCCCAAUCGUCGAAUAAUCCCCGCGAUAUUUCCAUGAAUCAGCAUCCGUGGAUGCAGACUUAA